AUGGCACAGCGCAACUCGCCAGCAGACCUGGCAAACCACACCGCCUCGCUGUCCAUCUCCUCGGACGCGUCAGACGGGUACACGGUCCAGGAGGCCCUCAUCCGAGACGCAGAGGCAUUCGUAAAGAGAGCCUUUGAGAAUCACGACCCUUCGCACGACUGGCACCACGUCAACCGCGUCCGCCAGCUCGCACUCUCGCUCCGAAACAGCCCAGACGUGGCAGACGAGCAGCUCGACCUCCUCGUCGUAGAACUGGCAGCCCUCUUUCACGACCUCAACGAUGCAAAGUAUGCCAAGACCACCGUCUACUCGUCCGGAUCCUUGCCAAUCAUCUCUUCGUUCUUCGACUCGCACCCGUCCUCGUACAUCCUCGACGCCGUCCAGCGCGAACGCAUCGUAAAGAUCGUCGACAACGUCAGCUGGUCCAAGGACUGCCGCCGCAGGGAGGCUCGCCAGCGCAGCCACAGCCUCGGCGAGGAGCCCAGCCAGCAAGAAAAGGAGCUCGACCAAUGGCUCGACUCCUGUCGGGAGUUUUGGUGUGUCAGCGAUGCCGACAGGCUCGACGCCAUCGGCAGCAUCGGCAUCAUGCGAUGCGCCGCCUUCAGCGCCGUCAAGAUGCGGCCCCUCUACGUGCCGCCCAACAACGCGCAGAUGGACAGCCGUCCGCCCGCGGAGCAGGGAGAGGGCUACAACGGCAGCGCCGUCGCCCACUUCCACGAAAAACUCGUCAAGAUCCGCGGGGACCGGCUGUACACACAGGCCGCCAAGGUCGAGGCGGAGCGGAGACAGCAGAUGAUGGAGUCAUUCCUGACCGAGCUCGAUCUCGAAUGGAUGGUCGCCGCUCAAGGGGCUGAAAUGGCCAAGAUGGUCUAG